AUGAUAUAUAUUCUGAUCAAUGACAACAGAGAUAAAUCUGCUGAACUUUGGAAAACAAUUAAUGAAGUCACUUCUCGCAAUCCAACUAAAACCACUCCCUCCUGUAUUAUCAGUGAAAACGCCCCGGUAAACGACCCACGUUCCAUCGCAACAAUCAUGAACGACUAUUUCUCAUCUAUAGGAUCCACACUUGCGAACAAAAUUAAAGAUCUAAUCAAACCUAAACCGACUAAGACAACCGCUACAUCACCCCAUUCCUUUAAUUUCAAAGAAGUUGAUGAAGCAGCGUCUGUGUUGCAGGAACUGAGUAAAUUAAGAACUACCAAAGCCACUGGUCUGGACGGAAUUAGUGCUAAACUGCUUAGAGAUUCCACCUAUAUAAUCGCACCAUAUUUAACCAAAAUUUUCAACCUCUCCUUACGCUGUGGCUCAUUUCCCGACAUCUGGAAGAAAGGUAAAGUUACUCCAAUUUUCAAAUCUGGAGACCCAACUUCAUCCAACAACUACCGACCAAUCACCAUCCUACCAACCUUGAGUAAGUUACUAGAACGAAUCGUCCACCAUCAAGUUUACAAUUACCUGCAAGAACACAAGUUACUAGCUUCCCAACAAUUCGGUUUUCGCUCCAAACUGUCAACCACCAUUGCUCUGGCACAUUUUACUGAGCAGAUACUGGAUAAUCUCGAUCACAGAAAAAUCACUGGUGCCGUCUCUAUCGACCUAAGGAAAGCUUUUGAUACCGUAGACCAUACCAUCUUAUUGGAGAAAUUGAGAACAAUCGGUUUUACCUUGUCUGUUCUCGACUGGUUCUGCUCUCGACUGGUUCUGCUCGUAUCUAUCAAACCGUACCCAAGUAACCGUGAUCAACAGUUCAAUGUCGCAACCCAAGCCAGUAACUGUCGGAGUCCCUCAGGGAAGUAUUCUUGGACCACUUCUCUUCCUUAUUUAUAUUAA